AUGACUUGUCUUGAGUCCUGCGAAUCAUCUUCUUGUGAAAGGACAUGUCUUCAUGAUUAUACUUCCUGUUAUGUGAGUUGCCCAUGCUUCGAUGAAUGCCCAUCAGGUUGUGAUGGCUGUGCGAGCCAAUACUGCGUCUGCGAUCAAGCCCAAAUCGACAACGAUGGCUACAAGCAGUGCAUCGACCGAUCAUCCAAAUCAUUUGACGAAUGCAUUAAGAAUUGUAGACCCGAUGAAGAAUGCUUCGAUAAUUGUUACAACGACUUCAAAGAAACCUCGCAAAGCUGCCCUUGUAUGAGCGGCUGUGAGUGGGGAUGUCCAUGCGACAAUGAUGCUUUCUGUCAGGAGAAUGUGAUGGUGGAGGAUCGUCAUUUUGUUACGCCUCGUGCGAUUUUGGAUGAUUACUAUUAUGGUUAUGGGUAUUUUCCGUUUCUUUACGGGUCGGGAUCAGCCCUUGUUAAUGGAGAGAUGUUUUUCUUUGGUGGACAAUAUGACAACAGACAGAUCGCAAAACUCCAAGAUUGCGAAUUUAAACAAAUGUCAAUGCGGCUUGCCAGAGAGUACACUUAUAUGGGGAGUCUGGUUGUUAUUCCAUCUGAAAGCGGCCUGACUAGAUCGACAUCCGAUGAGAUCGUUCUGUAUUCCGGCAAUAAUAAUUAUGGCUAUUGUCAAGAAAUCUUCGAACACAGAGGGACUUUGUCGAUUUCAGAAAUAGAUCGGACGCAAAACCUUCAUACAAGUGGCUGCAUGGGAUUGUUUGAUGGAAAACCGCUGAUUGUUGCCGGCGGAAAUUCUUACGUCGAAAUUCUAGGAACAAACGGUUGGGCUUACAAAGAAAGUCACCCCCUGAGGUUACAGUUUCACGCCUGUCUUACAAUCGACGAUGGAGUCAUAACAACUGGUGGGUACAAGAAUUAUGAGUAUAUCAAAGAUGUUUUCUUUUUGCAAAAUGGUGCAUGGAGUCAAGUUGGCGAGUUAUCAAACACGUACAAAUACGGAUCGAUGAUCAUUGUCGCUGGCGGCUUUUUGGUUGUCGAUGGCGGCGAAAGCAACAUGGUGGAGAGAGUUGAGUGGGAUGGGAAUCAUGUCACGUCUACCCAAAAUCUGACUGAACAUACAGGAGACUGCUACAGACCAACUCUCUUCCUGUCCUCUCCGGAUGAAUGCAAGCGCUUUUGCUCUUCUGACUACUGCUAUGUUUAA